UGCUCCGGGGGGCGGGUCCCUGUGCCGCUGACGUCCCGAGCAGUGCUGGGAAGUAUAGGCUGUGUUGUCACGCCGGUGUCAGUCUGAUGAAGAUUGGCAUCAGGUGAAGUCUGGAGCAGGACUCUGGGACUUUUUGUCCUCCAUGCCGCUCACUAGAAAAGGAACUGUGAACUGUGAUUUGGCUCUAGCUGACAGGAAGAAUUUCUGGCCCAGCUGGAAGUGAGAAGAGGGAGUGAGUCUCUGAGGGCCAUCCUAGAGGCCGCCAGCAUCACCCGGACAGUAAGAAAUGCUUCUCCGUGCCUUCACACGUACUUAAACCCUCCAGAUCCUCGAUGUGAAUCAAUCCCAUGAUGCAACAUGCCUCCCCAGCCCCCGCUCUGACGAUGAUGGCCACGCAGAAUGUCCCUCCCCCACCCUACCAGGACAGCCCGCAGAUGACGGCAACCGCUCAGGCACCCUCCAAGGCCCAGGCUGUCCACAUCUCCGCACCCUCGGCUGCUGCCAGCACCCCUGUGCCCAGUGCCCCCAUUGACCCCCAGGCCCAGCUGGAGGCUGACAAGAGAGCUGUGUACAGGCACCCUCUUUUCCCGCUCCUGACGCUGCUGUUUGAGAAAUGUGAACAGGCCACCCAGGGCUCUGAGUGCAUCACCUCCGCCAGCUUUGAUGUGGACAUCGAGAACUUUGUCCACCAGCAGGAGCAGGAGCACAAACCCUUCUUCAGCGAUGACCCAGAACUGGACAAUCUGAUGGUGAAGGCAAUCCAGGUCCUGAGAAUCCACCUGCUGGAGCUGGAGAAAGUCAAUGAACUCUGCAAGGACUUUUGUAAUCGUUAUAUCACCUGCCUCAAAACCAAGAUGCACAGCGAUAACCUGCUCAGGAAUGACCUCGGGGGGCCGUACUCCCCCAACCAGCCCUCCAUAAACCUUCACUCACAGGACCUCCUGCAGAAUUCCCCCAAUUCCAUGUCUGGAGUCUCCAAUAAUCCCCAAGGGAUUGUGGUCCCAGCCUCAGCGCUCCAGCAGGGCAACAUCGCCAUGACAACCGUCAACUCACAAGUGGUGUCAGGUGGAGCUUUAUACCAGCCAGUUACCAUGGUAACCUCCCAGGGUCAGGUGGUCACCCAAGCAAUCCCCCAGGGAGCCAUCCAGAUCCAGAACACACAGGUUAACCUUGACCUCACCUCCCUCCUGGACAAUGAGGAUAAGAAGUCCAAGAACAAACGAGGAGUCUUGCCCAAGCAUGCCACCAAUAUAAUGCGUUCUUGGCUCUUCCAGCAUCUCAUGCACCCCUACCCCACGGAGGAUGAGAAGAGGCAGAUUGCAGCCCAGACAAACCUCACCCUCCUGCAAGUAAAUAACUGGUUCAUCAAUGCCCGGAGGCGUAUCCUGCAGCCCAUGCUUGAUGCCAGCAACCCAGACCCUGCCCCUAAAGCCAAGAAGAUCAAGUCGCAGCACCGGCCCACCCAAAGAUUCUGGCCCAACUCCAUUGCCGCAGGGGUGCUGCAGCAGCAAGGUGGCGCCCCGGGGACGAACCCCGAUGGUUCCAUCAACUUGGACAACCUGCAGUCCCUGUCCUCAGACAAUGCCACCAUGGCUAUGCAGCAGGCUAUGAUGGCUGCACACGAUGACUCAUUGGAUGGGACAGAAGAAGAGGAUGAGGAUGAGAUGGAAGAGGAGGAGGAAGAGGAGCUGGAGGAGGAGGCUGACGAGUUGCAGACGACGAAUGUCAGCGACCUGGGCUUGGAACACAGUGACUCCCUGGAGUAGACGGGCAGCCCAGAUGGCACUGAUCACCGAGCAGGAGAGGAGUGUCGUCAGGAGGGCUUCAGGGUUGGGGGGAAGGGGACGUGGGCAGGCAGCACCGAGGAAGUUGGGCCUUAGCUUCCCAAGAUCAGUAGCUUGAAGAAACGCAGAGGAGACACCUGCUCCCUCCCGACCACCAAGCUUCGAUGAGUACCCCAGCCCCACUUCCCUAGAACUGCGAGGACUCUGUCUGGCAGAGCCAGUCAAGCAGCCUGUACGGAAAGACAGGAGUGAGAUCUGGACUCACCAAAUCCCUGAGGACAGAUGGCAUCCACGGCCCUCCAACUGAGGGACUUGAGUUGUUUACAAGCCCUGCACUGUGAGGUGGAUCAGUGCUGUUGGCAGAGUGAGCCUUUGCCAAGGGACAGAGUUAGGAGCAAAGGGAGAGACAAAGGGGUUUGGGUUUUACCCUCAGAAGGUUCUCAGCUCCUUUGAGAGACAUUCGAGGGCAAGAGGGAGCCCAAAAGCAUAGCCAGUGGCUGGAGGAGUGGGGGCACCUGGGCAUCACAUCUUGCAGAUCCGAGAGGGGCCUGGAUUCCCUCAGGCUCCGGCUCAUCCUCCAAGGCUCCACUAGGGGUGGAGGCAGCCGUGGACUUGGGAUGGGAGCCAGCAGAGCCGCCUCCUCUCUCCCCUGGAAACAAACGGUGAGCUGGUGGGCUCAGAUUGUAAGAGGUUAAGAGGAGUCCCUUCACCUGGGUUGGCUCCAGGAGCCAAGGAGAUGGCAGAACCCGGGCUAGGAGCCAUAGCAAGGUGGCUUUGGGGACACAGCCGUCCUUCGGUGGUCACAGAAUUUAGCUCCUGUAACAACAGGACAGUGGUGUCUUAUCCCAAAUGUCCCAGCCCUCAGAUGGAGCCCCUCAGAUAUUCUACCCCCUCCAUUGACCAGCAGAGAGGAUGGAACCAGGUUAGCUUGCAACCCGUCCACCCCUCAAGUCCCUCACGGCUGUCCCUCUGCUCCCAGGCUGGCUCCCUUGGCCUCCAUCCUCUCUUCUUCAUUCUUUCCUUCAGAGAAGGCAGAAGAAACAUUGGAAAGAAGCAUCCAGCCCAGUGGGAAGCCAGGGGCUGGAGAAGGUGCUACAUCCCACCUCCCUUCAAUAUCCACAGUGUAGGGGAGGGCCCCGAGAAAUGGCACCCAGGAGCCAAGUGGUACCCCAUCCCACGCGCCUCGCUGUUCUACACACCACCAUCAUACACAGCACAGGAGGAGCUGGGGCUCCCGCGAGCAGCAGCUGUCCACCGUCUGCCCCAACACACACUCCCAGCCCAACUCCAGGCCCUCAUGAUUGGCGCUCCCUCCUCCCUUCCCUCCCACCCCAUGGCUGUGAAUGACAGGACUGAUCACACGUGUGUUUUCCAUUGGAUUUAAUUUAAUGGACCUGCAGUUUCAUUUGUAAAUUGUGCAUCGGCCAUCUCCUUCAGUGGCAGGAUGUGAGUGGCUGCCUGGCUCAACUUGAGGGGACCCUCAGGGCCCUCUGGGGCUUCCCCUCCUCUACCUGGUUGGGGUGGAGCAAAAGGAUGGUCGCUUUCCUGAGGUCUCCCUGAAAUGAAUGUAUUUCUCCCCCAAAAGAGCUGAUAUUUAAUGUUUUAAUAGGGAUUUUUGAGAAACAAAUAACCUUAUUUAUAAUCUGGGUGAUCCAAUCAUUUUUUACUCCCUUUUGAUGCCAUAGGUAGAGGAAAGUCGAGCUUUUUUGGCGUGAGACUUUUACAACGUGCAGUGGGAUAAAAUACAUUUCCUUUUCUGGUUCAUUUUUCUUGUUACACACACACACACACCCUUCCACUUACCACUUUGCACAGGCGUCCCACCCCAGCACAGGCACACCCGCACACACGUGCCCACGUGUCCUCCUCCCAGCCCCCUCCACCUGCCUAAUGUUAUGCAACCUCCUUCUGAUGUAUCCACCAAACCAGUACUGAAUGUGGCCGAGUUUUCAGUAAAUCUUAUUACCUACCGUAA